AGAAAUUACUGCGAGGAGGGAAAAGGAAAGGAAAGGAAAGGAAAGGAAAGGAAAGGAAGAGAGAGAAAGAGACGACUGAAGUGAAGAUGGUACACAAUGCUUACGAUUCAUUCGAGUUAAUCCGUAAUUGUCCAACCAAGAUUGAUGCCGUUGAAUCCUAUGGUUCUAAGUUACUUCUCGGCUGCUCAGAUGGAUCACUUCGAAUCUUCGCUCCUGAAUUCGCCGUCUCCGACACUUCCCCACCGCCCGAUCAUCGGCACGCUCUAUCCCUCGACCUUCUCAAAGCUCCUUAUGUAUUGGAGAGAACUGUUAACGGAUUCUCUAGGAAGCCGAUGCUGGCGAUGGAGGUUCUCGACUCUAGAGAGCUCUUACUCUCUCUCUCCGAGUCGAUUGCAUUCCACCGUCUCCCCAACUUGGAGACUAUAGCCGUUAUUACCAAAGCAAAAGGUGCUAAUGUUUACUCGUGGGAUGAUCGGAGGGGAUUCUUGUGUUUUGCAAGGCAAAAGAGGGUAUGCAUUUUCAGACACGACGGAGGUCGGGGGUUCGUGGAGGUCAAAGAAUUUAGUGUUCCUGACACGGUCAAGUCAUUGUCUUGGUGUGGAGAGAACAUAUGCGUGGGGAUUAGAAGGGAAUAUAUGGUACUUAAUUCCACAAAUGGUGCAUUAUCGGAGGUGUUUCCUUCUGGAAGAAUUGCCCCACCAUUGGUGAUUACUCUUCCAACAGGAGAGCUGCUUUUAGGAAAGGAUAAUAUUGGGGUGUUCGUUGACCAAAACGGGAAACUUCUACAAGAAGGAAGAAUUUGUUGGUCUGAGGCUCCUGGAGCCAUUGUUAUUCAGAAACUGUAUGCAAUCGGUCUCCUACCAAGACAUGUUGAGGUACGGUCCCUCCGAGAUCCUUAUCAUUUGAUACAAACUGUUGUUCUUCGUAAUGUUCGGCAUCUUCGUGAAGGAUCCAAUACCAUAAUUAUUGCCCUGGACAACUCUGUUUAUGGAUUGUUUCCCGUUCCUCUUGGUGCUCAGAUUGUGCAAUUAACGGCUUCUGGCAAUUUUGACGAGGCUUUGGCUUUAUGUCAACUACUGCCUCCAGAGGAGUCAAGUCUUCGAGCUGCGAAAGAACAGUCAAUUCAUAUAAGAUAUGCUCAUUAUUUGUUUGAGAAUGGGAACUAUGAAGAAGCCAUGGAACAUUUUCUGGCAUCUCAAGUAGGAAUCACUUAUGUGCUUUCUAUGUAUCCAACCAUUAUCAUUCCCAAAUCUGCAACUGUUCCAGAACCAGAAAAAUUUGUGGAUAUAACUGGAGAGGCUCCCUUCCUCUCUAGAGGUUCAUCUGGUUUGUCAGAUGAUAUGGAAUCCCCACUUCCUGUAAAUCUAUUAGAUUCUGAAGAGACAGCUGCCCUUGAGUCCAAGAAACUGAAUCAUAACACUUUGAUGGCCCUUAUCAAGUUCUUACAGAAGAAAAGAUACAUUAUAAUUGAACGAGCUGCUGCUGAAGGAACUGAUGAAGUUGUCUCAGAUGCUGUUGGAGACAACUUUUUAUCUUAUGACUCCAGUCGUUCUAAGAAAUCUACAAAGGCUCGAAUGAAUAUUUCCAUUAGCUCAGGGGCCAGGGAAAUAGCAGCAAUAUUGGACACUGCACUAGUCCAAGCUCUUAUACUAACUGGACAAUCUGCAGCUGCGGUAGAGCUUCUUAAAAGCCUUAACUACUGCGACACAAAAAUUUCUGAGGAGUUUCUGCAGAAAAGGAAUCAAUAUGUCGCUUUACUAGAGCUUUAUAAGAGCAAUUCAAUGCACCGUGAAGCUCUUAAAUUGUUACAUCAUUUGGUAGAAGAAUCCAUGUCAGAGCAGCCACAAACUGAGCUUCCUCAGAAGUUCAAACCUGAGAUGGUCAUUGAAUAUCUGAAGCCUCUAUGUGCGACAGAUCCUAUGCUAGUCUUAGAGUCCUCAAUGCUUGUGCUUGAAAGUUGUCCAACACAAACAAUUGAGCUCUUUUUGUCUGGAAACAUUCCAGCGGAUCUUGUCAACUCAUACUUAAAGCAACACGCUCGAAAUCUGCAGGCCACAUAUUUAGAACUUAUGCUUGCUAUGAAUGAAAAUGGAAUGUCUGGAAAUCUACAGGUUGAAAUGAUACAAAUCUAUCUCUCUGAAGUCCUUGAUUGGUAUACUGAACUAAACACUCAACAGAAAUGGGAUGAGAAAGAUUAUUCCCCUACAAGGAAAAAGUUAAUGUCUGCUUUAGAGAAUAUCACUGGGUAUAAUCCAGAGUUGCUGUUGAAUCGACUUCCAACAAAUGCUCUCUAUGAAGAACGUGCCAUUUUAUUGGGUAAAAUGAACCAGCAUGAGCUUGCUUUGUCCAUAUAUGUUCAUAAGCUUCAUCUCCCCGAGUUGGCAUUGUCUUAUUGUGACCGCAUUUAUGACUCCACACUUCACCAAAACUCUGCAAAGGCUUACAGCAAUAUAUACCUUACCCUACUGCAAAUCUAUCUGAACCCUCAAAGGACGACAAAGAACUUCGAGAAGCGAAUCACGAAUCUUGUAUCGGCUCAGAAUGUGGGUGCUCCAAAGGUUGGUGCGGGAACUCCUGGAAAAUUUAAAGGAAGUCGUUCCACUAAGAAAAUAGCGGAAAUAGAAGGUGCAGAGGAUAUACGCAUCAGUCCUAAUAGUACUGACAGUGGGAGGAGUGAUGUUGAAACAGACGAUGCUAUUGAGGAAGGAGGCUCAACAAUUAUGUUGGAGCAGGUUCUUGAUUUGUUGAGCCGAAGAUGGGAUAGAGUUAAUGGGGCUCAAGCCUUGAAGCUAUUGCCAAGGGAAACUAAGCUUCAGAACUUGCUUCCCUUUCUUGGACCUCUUCUUAGAAAAUCAAGCGAAGCAUAUAGAAACUUUUCCGUUAUUAAGAACUUGAGAGGAAGCGAAAACCUGCAGGUGAAAGACGAACUUUAUAAUAAUAGAAAAACCGCAGUGAAGAUUACAAGUGAUAGCAUGUGUUCACUCUGUAACAAGAAGAUAGGCACCAGUGUUUUUGCUGUCUAUCCUAACGGCGCAACAUUAGUGCAUUUUGUCUGCUUUAGAGAUUCACAGAACAUGAAGGCUGUUGCUGCUAAAAACAAUCCUAGACGGAGAAGAACAUGAGGAAAGAAAGAAAGACCGAAGGAAGGGGAACUUGACCUUAUUUUGUGUGCUUAAACCAAAUCAUGCUGAUGCAUCUUCUUCAGCGUUUUUCAUGGCAUUUUAUGUUUGACCAGACCAGACCAGAAAUCAAAGCAUGCACAUGAGGUGAUGGCUGUUGUUGCUCCGAUUUGUUUGUGGUGGUAAGAGAAUGUCGUAUUUCAAAUUUCAAUAGCUCUGUAAUAGUAGAACAGUAAUUUGCAGGAAUGCCCUGAUAUAUUCAUUGAGAGUCACGGCUAUUUCACGUUGUUGUAAUAUUCAGCAGUUUCAUGAGGGUGGUGUCUGCUUUUGGGUUGAAGACAUUUUAAUGUUGGAAUCAUGUUAUU